AUGAAGACAUCCAUGGGAUUAUCACCUUUUCAGAUGGUAUAUGGAAAAGCAUGUCAUUUGCCAGUAGAGAUGGAGCAUCAGGCUUUGUGGGCUUUGAAAAUUUUAAAUUUUGAUCUUCAUGAAAUUCAAAGCAAGCGAAGAAAUCAGCUGUUAGAGCUUGAAGAGAUGCGGUUACAUGCAUAUGACUCAUCUAAGGGCUAUAAAGAGAAGUUAAAAUCAAAAUGGUUGGGACCUUUUGUGAUUAAGCUUGUAUACCCAAAUGGAGCUGCGGAAUUAGAGAUUCCAGAUAAGGAUGCUCAACAGUGGAGUUGA